AUGGCAAACGAAAUUCAUUCUACUGGCCGUGGAGGCGCCGGCAACAUCGGUCGCGAUGACACACUUUACACCGACGGCAACAUCGUGCGCGAGGGCUACGUUGGCGAGUCCUCGAAGCCCGAGUACUCCUCCGGUGCCGGCAACAUUGUCGAUUCGCCCAGAGUCGGUCCCGUGCGCGACAAUGGCUCCAACUCCGAGGACGUGAUCCCCGAGCCCGCCAUGCGCAACGCUGCUGGCUACGACAACUUCCACACUGGUCGCGGCGGCGAAGGCAACAUCUACAAGGAAAAGUACGGAGGCCACAGUGCUGCUCCCGCCCAGGAAAAGGAGAAAGACAACAAGGAAAGCCUGGGCGACAAGGUCAAGCAUCUUUUCGGCAAGAAGGACUAG